GGGCUUCCAUACCUUGGAACUCAGAUGUCUGAGUUAACAAAGAGGCGUCGCAUGGCAUGGGUAUCAGCCGUAAGACGCAAAGACAUCACCUUCGACAACAUUUCCCGACAUAUGUUUGUGUGUUCACGGCAUUUUCUCUCAGGCAAACCAGCCUAUGAAAUGCUUGAGUGUCAUCCCGACUGGGCACCGUCAUUACAUCUCGGGCACACAGAAGUCAAAGCGGCGCAUCCUGAGCGGUUUAGCCGUAGGACAAAGAGACAGCAAGGUCUCAAACAGAACACUGCUGCACCUGUAACAUCACCAGCUCUACCUGACCUGAAAUUAGAGAUAGAUGAAGAUGUACCACUGGUUAAAGAUGAACCACCGGAUGAAGAUGUACCACUGGUUAAAGAUGAACCACCGGAUGAAGAUGGACCACCAGAUGAAGAUGGACCCCCGGAUGAAGUUUCACAGAGGUUACAGAUGGAUGAGCCUGCACCAAAGUACGACCUUGUAGAACAGCAGGAAUGUAGUUUUUGUAACUGCAGACGUGCUGAAAUUAACCGCUUAUUAGAGGAGAACAGGUUAUUGAAGGAAGAGCUCUCUCAAAAGACAAUGUCUGAGAAUUUUUUGGGAGAUGAUGACAAGAAGGUCAAGUACUACACUGGACUGCCAUGUUUUGCUUUUCUGAUGGGUGUGCUGGCGCAGCUUCUUCCCUGCCUACCACAGACAAGACGCAAACUUUCGCCUUUUCAGAUGCUCUUCUUAACUCUGAUGCGCCUGAGGCUGAAUCUGCCAAUCCAGCACAUUGCACACCUCUUCUGCAUAGAUCAAAAGACUGUGUCCACCGUGUUCAGAGUCACCUUAGGUGCCAUGUUUACACACCUCAGCCCUUUGGUGCACUGGCCAGAGAGACAUUGCCUGAAGGGCAGCAUGUUGCAACAGUUUGUAGAAGCUUUUGGCAAUCAUGUUGCGGUUAUUGUGGACUGCUUUGAAAUUAACGCUGAGAGAGCAUCAAAUCAGAAAGCUAUAGCACAGACAUCUUCACAAAAGCACACGCUAAAGUAUCUCAUUGGUAUUACUCCACGUGGAGCUAUUGCUUUCGUUUCUAAAGGGUGGGGAGGGGGUGUCAGUGUCAAGGAUGUGAUUGAGUGUAGUGGCCUUCUUGAUAAACUAUUGCCUGGAGACUUGGUGUUGGUGGAUCGCGGAUUUGACACCGGGGACAAUGUUGGACUAAUGUGUGCAGAAGUGAAAAAGCAAAAACUGGUUCCAAAGGAUGAGGAGGAGACACGGAAGAUAGCUCACCUCAGGGUCCAUUUGAAGAGGGUGAUCGGAUGUGUGCGCACAAAGUACACCAUGCUAAGUGAGGCCGUACCAGUGAGCAUGAGAGCCCCAUGUGAAGAUGAGGACAUGACAUUCCUUGACAAAGUUGUGACUGUGUGCUGUGCCCUAACUAAUAUGUGCCCCAGUGUUAUGAAACUGUAAACCAUGACAUAAACUACAUACAACAUGACAUACAACAAAAUAAAGGAGAACUGCAUAUCCUUCAUUAUCGUGUGGCAU